AUGGUAGUUAAGAAGUUGCAGCGAAGUCCACAUCCUCCAGGUCGGAAUCGGGGCCCGCCAGUGAAACGUCGGAAGGCCCGACAAGAAAUUGUCGGGCCCCGACGCACCACCGUCGGGCCCCCGCCAUCGGGUCCCGACACCACUCCGCGUAUUAUUACAUCCUGUGAAGCGGUUUCUUUGUCGGAGCUAUCCAGUGAAGAACCUCUCGCCUCGGCAGUCCGACAGCGAUUUCUCAGGAAGAAACCAGUGGAUGUUGAGAGUGCUGGUAUUAAUCCACCCUUAAGGGACUCGAUUCCAAGCGAGGAUAAAGGGUCACCGUCCAAAUUCCGUACAUCAAGUAUAUGUAGUAUGCGGAAUACUAGAAGGCGUAUGGAGGACCGUCAUGUAUUACUGCAUGAUCUGAAAGCAUAUAUGCCAAGUCAUCUUCAAGACAAGAUUUCAGCUGAUCAACAUAUUUCAUUCUACGCAGUUUACGACGGACACGCUGGUGUUAAAGCUGCCAUAUCUGCUGCAUCUCAUCUUCACGAGAAACUUGUAGAUUCAGAACAUUUUCAAACAGAUCCUUCCAGAGCUAUUCAGGAGGCCAUAGUUGUCACGGAUAAGAUGAUUUGUGAGCAAGAUAGCGAGAAAGGAUCUGGGGCUACUGCUGUAUGCAACCUUAUUAAGGAUAAUGUACUGUACUCGGCUUGGUUGGGAGAUUCUAUAACUGUCAUGGCUAGAAACGGUGAGCAUAUUCUUCUAGUAGAUCCUCAUUCACCUAAACGAGAAGAUGAAAAACUCAGAAUUGAAGCUAUGGGAGGUUAUGUGUCCUUUUGGGGGACAUGGAGAGUAAAUGGAACUCUAGCAGUUUCAAGAGCGCUUGGAGACGCCUCUUUGAAACCUUAUGUAAGUUCGGUCUCUGACGUCACAACUGUGGAACUCGGAGAACAAGAUGAUUUUCUUAUAGUUGGUUGUGAUGGACUUUGGGACACUGUAACUCCAGAAGAAGCUGUUCAGUUUGUGUAUGAAUUCAUUCAAAAUGAAGAAAAUCAUAAUAACGUAACAGAAUUAAGUAAUCUGCUGGGAGCUCAUGCUAUCAAGAAAGGUUCUACAGACAAUGUGACGAUAAUUGUUGUUUUCCUUAAAUCCAUCCAGCUGAUUAGACAAGAAUGUCUAGCGCCAAGACCGGUUCUUGAAAACAAAAUGGCGGGGAUAUCCUCCACAGCAGAGUUUGUUUUAAACCCAGGAGCUUCAAGAGAAUCGUUGGAUCCUGCUGAGUACCGUCCACCCUGGAUGAGUGAUUCUUCUAACACUGCUGAUGCUACUGACGCUAAUCAUGCUGAUGAUAAUGAUGAUACUGUUGCUGAACCUCAGAUAACUCCUUCCCAAACUCCUAAAGGAUUCAAUCUUAACGAAGGAGGCCAGAUGUUUAGUCCUAAUCCAUUCUCCAGUCUAGUCCAACUACAGUCCAGUAGGGAUCAGGAAAUGUUUGGUCAGACGACAGAAGAUGACCUUAGACCAUCUCCAGUUCCGGGGUCUGACAUUGUUGAUGGAUUUAUUGCAACAAGCGUGGACAGUCCUGUAAGAGUAGACAGCGGGUUUAUCUCCCCUAAGAAAGAAUCUGAACUAGAACUAGACACUAAGAUGAACAGCCUUCUCGCCAGCUCAUCAAUGGGUCAAGUCAAUGACCUUCUGAAUAUCUUAAACAAGGAUGAUGAAUCCCCGCCCCCUGAGGAGGAUGGAAGGAGUUUGGAGGAAAUAUUAGAGGAAAGGAGGAACAUGAAGGAGGAUUAUAUAAACCAGGAUGAUGAAGAUGAAGAUGAUGAAGAUGAUGACGAUGAUGAUGUUGAUACUGGUGUUCCUGUGGUUGAAGACGGUUCCAGCGACGGUUCCGAUGAUUUUGACAAGGUGGAUCCUGAAGAAGGACAGAAAGCUGAAUUCAGGGACAAAGAAUUUUCUAGAAUUACAACUGAAGACAUGGAUCCUUGUGAACAGGUUGUGAUAAAGGAAACGUGUCCUGAGGAGUCUGGGUGCUUGGUGCCACCUGGUCAUAAUCUACCUUCAUCGCAGGAGGCUGUAGUAGAGGUUCUUGGAGGCAGUUGUCAGGACCUGACUGAAGAGAGCUCGGGGGAAGGUGAAACCCAGAACACAGAUUCAAACACUGAAACACAACCUCAGAACGGGGUUGACAGUUCAAUUACGAAUGGUUCCACUGAUCCCUGCCAUGGAGGAUCAACUGUAGAGAUUGUAUUUGAGAGCGAGGAAGCCCCCGGGUUUAUGCUAAAGACCCCUGGAGACGGUGACGUAUCAACCUUCUCUGUAGAACCAACUCCUCCAAUGGUUCAGAUAACCCCCGCUUCUCCUGGAUUGAGUAUACCGUCUUUAAAUAUCAUCCCCUCAACUCCAACCAGAUCCAGAUCUCCAGCUACUGAUUCUAUUACAGAGGAGGGUGUUGAGCAUGAGGAUGAAGGUGGAGAUCUUGAACAGCAACCUGGACCUGAAACUCAGGAAUCCGUCCAGUCAGAGAAGACCAAAGAAUAUCUUGUUGAUAUCGCAGCAGAGGUAAAACAUGAACCUCUAGUUCAGAAAGAGGAAUCGCUGAUAGAGCAGGUAUCUGAGACCGUUCUUGAAGCUGAAGUUGUUGAAUCCAAACCUGAAGUGGACCUAAAUGAGUCCAAACCUGAAGCAGAAAUUGUCGAAUCAAAAUCUGUAGCGGAAAUAGUCGAACCCGAAUCAGAAGCCGAAAAAACCGAGUCAAACCCUGAAGCUGAAAUAGUCGAAUCCAAAUCUGAAACUGAUGUAAACGAGUCCAAACCUGAAGCUGAAGUUAUUGAGUCCACACUUAAAGCUGAAAUAGACGAAUCAAAGCCAGAAAUUGAAGUCGUUGAGUCCAAAUCUGAUACUGAAAUUAUUGAACCUAACCCUGCAGCAACAUCAGAAACGUCAACCCCUGAAGUCGAAUCCAAAUCUGAUAAAUCCGAAUCCACUCCUAAAUCUGAUUCUGAGUCCAAACCUAAAGCUGGUAUGACCAAGACUAAAGUGGAGCCAACUGCUAAAGGGGGAAGAACAGCAGCUGCGGGUAGGACUAAACCUGGUGCAACAGUGCCCUCAAGGACUGGAAAAGAUUUAGAUAAAACUAAACCUGGAGAAAGAAUAAAGGUUGAAACCCGGGCUCCCUUGACCCAACGACCAGCUAGUAAUCUAUCAGGAGCCAAAGCUAAACCUGAUCCCAAACCUGCAGGAACUAAGCCUCCAGGUUCAACGGUUGAGCGUAAACCUCUGGUACCUCGGGCUGAACCCAAACCUUCAGCAGAAACCAAACCUAAACCUAGACUAACCACUGCUAAAUCUACAGAUUCUAAGGUUGGUACUGGAGCAGCGACUACUGGUUCCCGUCCUGGUUCCUCUAGACCUACAUCAGGGGUACUCAGACCUACUCCAGGUUCAACUCUAUCCAGACCAAAACCUGGAGUUACCACAAAACCCGGAGAUAUCACCAAACCCGGAGAUAUCACCAAACCUGGAGACACGACCAAACCAGCUGGAUCUCGUCUUGCUGGAAGUAAACCUGGUGUAGGUCGACCUAAACCCAGAGAACCUGCAGCCGCUCCUCCUCCACGUGUCCGACCUACACCCCGCCCUGCAGUUCCAUCCUUUACCAGACCAACAGCUACACCACAAACCAAAGACGCACCUGCUAAUCUAUCUACCACCAUUUCCUCCAAACCAUCAUCAGCUUCUGGAGCUCCUAGAGCCGGGUUUACAAGAUCAACUGCUCCCAGUGCAGCUGCCAGUCGAGUAGCUGCUGCCAGAGCCGCUGCUCUGAAGAAACCAGCCGGGGGCACGCUGGGUAGAAAACCUAAAGAAGAUAAAUCUAAGAGAACAACUGAGUCCGCUAGAAGUCCAACUGAUAAAGCGGAAGCUGUUAAUAACACGGUGAAUACAGAAGAAAAUGCGGGAACCAAUGGCAUUGAGGAAAACGCAGGAAAGCUUACUGAAAUCAAUGGUGUUGAAACUGAUCAAUCCAAUAAUAUGGAAGAAUUCGUCAACCCGACUUCGCCUGGAGAAGAGAUUGUAAAUGGAGAAGAGGAGGGUUCUCCAGCGGGCAUAGAAGCUUAAACAUCAAUAUUCCAGUGGAUUAAACUAGAUAUUGCAUAAUAUAAACAAACAUGAGCUGAUUUAGUGAUAAAAGAAAAUUAAUAAUUAUUCAUUGAAACGUGAGCAUUAUUUCACUAGUACGCUACGCCAUUUAAAAAAUGUGAUUUUUAUGUUCAAUUAACUGUUAAUUAACUGUAGGUAUAUAAUCCCAAACUACGUGUUUAACCAGUAUUUAAAGUUUUAUAUUUUAACAUAGUAGCCGAUAAAUCUCUUUGAUGUUCACGAGGCAGAAAGAAAUGUAAGACCACCGAUUUAUUUAAUUCUCUGUAACUGUAUUUUAGAAAUAGACGAAACUAUGUAUA